AUGUCAAGCUUCCACAUCAAAAAUCUCAAAAUCUUUGUAUGUUUUUCUAUUAUUUGCAUCAUCCUGCUGAGUUACAUCAUUCACCUAAACUCAUUCAAGCCAGAGAGCACAGGGAUAGAGGUGAGCACCCACUGCUACAGGACUGAGGAUCAGAUUCUGUCCAAUCACUGGAGCGGGAAGCGAGGAGAAAUGUCUCUACCAGACCUCUGCAUAGCACCUAAAAGAACCUCAUUCCUCCCAAUCCAACAUUCUCUGGCCUCUACGGAAAAUGUAGAGCCAUCAAGAACUAUAUCCAGUGACACCGACCAGCAAGUACACAAGCUGCUGAGUUCCAUGCAGCAAAGACUAGUGAAAUCAACAUUUGUAAGUUUCAAUGCAACAAGCAGUGCUAAGAACAGCUUUGCCACCCUUUUAAAUAAUGUCUCAAAUGUAUGUCUUGGAGACACAUUAAUUGUUUCAGUUGAAAUGUUCAAUUAUCUGGGGGAAAGAAAAACCCACGGAGGAGACUUUUUACGAGCCCGGAUCUUUUCACCCAACCUCGGAGCUGGAGCUUCGGGAAGAAUUGAGGACUUCGACAAUGGCACCUAUAAUAUCUAUUUUACAUUAUUUUGGGAAGGACGUGUAUCGAUUUCUAUUCUUUUACUGCAUCCAAGUGAAGGAGUGUCUGUUUUAUGGAAAUUACGGAAUGCAAGAUACAAAUAUAUCAUUUUCACAGGACAGUUCCUCAACAAUACUAAAGAGGUGUCCACGGAAUGUGGCUUUCAGUUGGCCUCGAAACAAAAGGAAAUGUGCGAAUAUACCGAUAACAUAUAUGAAGAGAAUUUCUAUUGCAUGAAACUACCUGGUGUCCCGUGUGAGGCGUUUAUAAGACUGAAGAGUGAUAAUACACCUUAUUUUUACCUCAACAAAAAGGAGAAGCAAAUGUUUGUAAGAUCCAAUAUAGGCGUGGAGAUUCCAAAGAACAUUGGCAGUGUUGAUGUUCAGCAAUGCAACAGACGUUCUAGAAAACCAGAGUCAAACUGCAAAACCGGGGAAGAUCCUUUAUUGCCGAGUGGUUAUUUUUUCAAAACACAAUGGAACCCUGCCAACUGUAAAAGUUAUCUUCCUGAGUCCUCUUCUGCCAUCAGCAAAUGUCUGUCUGGUAAAAUGAUCUAUUUUAUGGGAGAUUCAACGUUGCGCCAAUGGAUUGAGUACAUGCCAAGAGUCAUAAAAACAUUGAAGUUUUUUGACAUGCAUGGAAUGGGCAAUCACAGGACUCGCUUAGCUUUGGACCUGGAAAACAAUUUGUAUGUCAAGUGGAAGAAGCAUGGGCACCCAUUUGUAACUCAUUACUUCUACACCAUGAGAGACUUCUCAUAUAUAGCCAGGGAAAUUGACCAGCUUGCCGGAGGUUCAAACACUGUCAUUGCCAUCACGCUGGGACAGCAUUUUAGACCCUUCCCCAUUACCCUCUUCAUCAGAAGACUUCUCAAUAUACGUAAAGCAAUAGAGAACCUUUUCAAAAGAAGCCCAGACACAACGGUCAUCCUAAAGACAGAGAAUACCCGAGAGAUCAAUCCAGAUGUAGAACGAUUCAGUGACUUUCAUGGCUACAGUCAGUACCUCUUAAUGAAGGAAGUCUUUUUGAGUCUUAAUGUUGGGGUGAUUGAUGCUUGGGACAUGACCACAGCUUUUGGAUCUUAUAUUGCUCAUCCAGCUGAGACCAUAAUUCAGAAUCAGAUCAACAUGUUUCUGUCUUUUAUCUGUUAG